AUGGGUUCGUUAUUGGAGUCCACGGAUGUGAGGAACAAGCUCGAAGAUCUCUCCGGCGUUGUCAUCAAGCCAGGAGAGAAUCCAUACGAUGCCCUCAUUGCGGCCUGCAAUGAUGAUCCGGCCCAGAUACAGGCACUCUAUGCAGCACACCGGACGAAACGCAAUGCCCAGCAGAAGGAGAAAUUUUUAUCUCCUGAUUUUAAGGAGCUCAUUAUCGAUCCGUUCCUCUUGCGGCUCGAGAACCCGACUAUAGAGCCAGGCUUCCAGGACACGAGAUACUGCAUGACUUUUUGGGGUCGUCCUCCAAUCCACGCUCUCGAACUAGCCGGCCAGAUUCAAAAGAAGCUGAAGGCUUGUGCACCUAACAUCUGGCUCAUGCCACUCCAUCGAAUGCAUAUCACAACUCUCGAACUCGCAUUCUCCAGAACAGCCGAGGAAAUAGACGCUAUCAAGUCUGAACUGCGGCCAGCUAUCCCAUCUGUAGCUAGUUACACGUACGGUCACCGCACCCGAUUGGUCAAGCCCAUGAUAUCAUACGACCUUUCGGCGUUCGCCGUCUCCUUCCUGCCAGCCUGCGGAGAGCCCGUGAUCUCGCCUCCGCCUGUGGCUCCCGAUACAGCAGAAGUUGCGCAGCAAGGUGAUCAGUAUACGUAUCACCAUCUCAGACGGGAUAUGUGGGACCUGGCCAAAGAAGCGGGUAUGACCGUUGACUCGCGCUAUGUCGUGCCCAGCGCACAUAUAACUCUGGGAAGGUAUUUGACGCAUGAUGAUCACGCAACUCCAGAGAAGAGGAAGAAGUGGGUGGAAGCUAUUGACGAGAUCAAUCACUGGCUGGAAACCGAGAUCUGGGGCAACGGGAGGGAGCUGAUAGGGGAGUGGGUGGUUGGCCAAGAGAAGGGACUUGACGUUCGAGUCGGUACUCUAUGGUACGGAGCAGGUCGAACAGUUCUUCUGGGAGAGGGCUUUUGA